UAGAUUACUACUGGUGUCGUCGGACCCAUUUGGAGGUUGAGCCAACCGCACUUCCGUUUGUCACUCGACCAGCCCGCAGCCGGCCUCCUCCCAGCUCUUCUCGCACCGAGCUGAGUGACCAGACAUCAUGACGCUGUUCCACUUCGGGAACUGCUUCGCCCUGGCCUACUUCCCCUACUUCAUAACAUACAAGUGCAGCGGCCUUUCAGAGUACAACGCCUUCUGGAGGUGUGUCCAGGCUGGAGCGACCUACCUGUUCGUGCAGCUCUGUAAGAUGCUGUUCCUCGCCACAUUUUUCCCCACAUGGGAAGGAGGAGCUGGAGUUUAUGACUUUGUCGGGGAGUUCAUGAAGGCCACAGUGGACCUGGCCGACCUGCUGGGGCUCCACCUGGUGAUGUCGCGUAAUGCUGGGAAAGGGGAGUACAAGAUCAUGGUGGCUGCCAUGGGCUGGGCGACGGCCGAGCUGGUGAUGUCCAGGUGUCUUCCUCUGUGGGUGGGAGCCAGAGGGAUUGAGUUUGACUGGAAGUACAUCCAGAUGAGCUUUGACUCCAACAUCAGUCUGGUCCAUUACAUCGCCAUGGCAGCAGUGGUGUGGAUGUUCACGCGCUACGACCUUCCCAAGAGCUUCAGGCUCCCCGUCACCGUGCUGCUGGCGCUCUGUGUCUACAAGGCCUUCCUGAUGGAGCUGUUCGUCCACGUCUUCCUGCUGGGCAGCUGGACCGUGCUGCUGGUGAAAGCCGUGCUGACGGGCGCCAUCUCGCUCUGCUCCCUGUUCCUCUUCGUCACUCUGGUCCACAGCAACUAAGUCCUCAUCGGCCCCCGCGGUCCGGACCGGCCGGUCCGACGUCUGAAGCCCCGAUUUCCUUUCCAGUCACAAAACACCGAAGACGCCUCUGAGCGCUUCACGCCAUCGGGACCGCUCCGACGUCGAGACGAGACGGCGGAGAAGCCGGCAGGCUGACCACGCGUUCCACCCGGCGCGUUCACUCAGAUCGCCGGUGGAAGGCCGGCGCCGCCGUCGACCCGCCGGUGGCCGACGGCCGAGAGCCGACUCACGCCGCCAUGUGAUCUGUGAUCGCUGGGAUUUGUUACGCUGUGAAUUUUGUACCAGAACCGCCGCCGUGAAACCCGAUGGGUCGAACUUGUGUUGUAAUGUGUAAACGCUCGGGUGGAUCGCUCAAGACCCUGGUCGUUAGUUGUGUGCCCACCAAUUUACCAAUUUAUUUAUAAACCAGUUAAUAUAAGGAGUUAAAACAUAACUGUAGGAAGAUUUGUAUUAUUUGUUUUUGUAUGAAAGAUGUAAUGAAUAAAGCAGGCCAGUGUGUGAAUGAACUGAAGUCCUGUCAGCGUUAUGACGUCAUCUUGUUAAAUUGUAAGAAUUUAGUGAUUUCUACAUUAAACUCAAUAACAACA